AUGUUGGCCCACUCUGCAGAUUAUUUAAGGCGUGCACAUGGAGAGGUUAUAUAUCUCAAUACUGGGGAAUAUCCAGUCGAAGAUCUACGGGCAAGGUUAGUCGUUAUGCAUCGCUGUAACGGAAUACCUAGUGCUCUUUUAUUUCGUUCGUUUUUUAGACCAAUGCCUUCCUACAAACUGCGUGAAUUUGUUCCAGUUCCUACAUCAGUAACACAAGAAUUGCAGGAGAGUUUAUGUGGCCUUCCUGAAGAUGAAGGUGAAGACGAUCUUGACGUGUGGCCUCCACACCAUAUCCCUCAACGUUUUUGGACGUGGUGCAAGGCCAACUUCUUGACUCCAAUUGACGCUGAGUAUUUGCGCGAUUUCAAAGCUUUGCUUCUAGACAAGUACUCGCCAGAGGCGUUGAAAUGUUAUUACUUGAAUGAAAAUGGUAUUCAUCCAAGCACACCUUUCAAAGCUUACAAAGUGGAUUCUCCUGCACUGGCAACUUUGUCUGUUAUCGCAGAGGAUGAGGAAAUUGAACAGCAUUAUCGCGAUAUUGGUGGUCGAAUCAUCAAAAUGCUUGUUGAGCGAGGUUGGAUAAAGUUUGUCCAUGUAUUGCUCAGAUUGAUCUUUAAACAAAGGUAUUUAGGUUUAAUACCUUCGUCAACGGAGCACGUGUACCGCGAAAUCGCUGAGUGUUCCGCCACUCGUGAGAUUGCAAUUAGUCAAGAAGGAAAGGAGGAUGAUGACGACUCAGAGCUGUUUCAGCUGUUCCUACUUGGUAUCAACAUGUAUCGUAAUAUUCCAAUCCGUCGUGUUCCAACACACACUGAGCUGCCAACGUUGAGAACAGCGCUUCGGCUUCGGAAUCGUAAAGCAAGGCAGCACUAUGGUUCUAUGUACAAAAGACUACGAAAGUAUCGCAGAUACAGUAAGUUUAGGUGA